AUGAAGAAAAAGAACAAGAAUAAGAAUAGAGGAGGGGGAUCACAUCCUCCUCCUCCUCCUCCUCCUGCUCCAAAGAAAAAUGAACCAACAACAAACAAUACGAAUGCAAAGAUCGUUAUCGUCGAUGUCGAUGUUGACAGUCCAAUGCAACAAGAGGGAAAUACCGUCGUCUCACCAAGUAAUGGAGAUAAAUCUUCUUCUACUACCAACAACAACAAACAUCAAGAAGAAGAUGGUGGUGAAAGGUCAAUCAAGAAACUAAAGGUCAACGGAGACUCAUCAUCAUUAUCGUCAUCAUCAUCUAUCACCAACUCUCCAGAGGAAUGUUCUACCCCACCAAACGAUAACAACAAUAAUAAUAAUAAUAAUAAUAAUAACGCGUAUACACCUUCAUCCUCUUCCCCACCAUUCGUUCAACUAGAUGAUGAUCACCAUCAAGAUGAAACAACAACAACUUCUACUACUACCACUACAACGACGACAUCGAAUCCAAUCGAUAACAUGUUUGGAUUACAAGAUUUACUCGAUCUGUUGGGUGAUGAGUUAGUAUCUGAUAACCAAGAUAAUGAUGAAGAUGAUGACGAUAUAUACGAUAUAUUGACAACAUUGAAAUCUAAAAAAGAUGAACAAGAAGAAGAAGAAGAAAAAGAUGAUAAUGAUGUUGAUAUGGCUGAAGAAGAACAAGAUGAUAAUGGCAGUAGUAGAGGUGGGAGGACUAUCACACGAUUUCAACAACGUCAACUAGAACAACAAAGAAAGCAACAAAACAAUAACAAUAACAAUAAUAUAAAUCAAACCGAAACAAAUGUAAAUACUUCAAAAACAACAUCAACAUCAUCAUCACCAAAUAACAAUAGUAAUAACAAUAAUAAUAAUAAUAAUGGUAAAACAGCAGAAAAAGCAUGUGAUGCUUUAUUAAACAAUCUAAAUAAUAGAGGAUAUAAUUAUAAUAUAGAGAUGGAAGAGAAUGAAGACGACCGAUCGAGAAGAUCACACUUUUUAUUGGGAGCACUUUAUGAACUAAAGAAUCUUGAAAAUAUUAAUCAGGUAGAUCAAUUAAAAGGAGAAAUCGAAUCAUUAAAAUCAAAAAUAGAAACUAGGGAAACUGAAAUACAAGACCUAACAAACAAACUAGAGGCGAGAAAUAGACUAUUACAAUCCAUACCCAAGGAAUUGAUUAUGAAUUGGAUGAUGUCUAACCAAAUAUUUAUGAACAAACUUGAUAGUAGCUCAAGUGUAUCUCACCAAACCAAACAACAAAUUGGAGGACAACCUCUUCAUCCACCACAACCUCCCAUUUCUUCCUCUUCCACAACGUCUAAUCAUUUACCUUUUAAAAAAUUAUCAAAUCAAACAAUCAACCAGAAUUCUUCUAGUUCAUCUUUAUCAACCAAAAACAAUAGAAAAAAGAAAUAA